AUGACUAGUAAUUCAGAUGAGUUGGAUAGGGUUCGCAACAUAGUGCCUUCCGCGAGAAGAAGCAUUCAUAGCCAGAGUAAUAAUAAUUCAAGAACACAAAACAUGGGGAAAUAUGGUCUAAAAAGUAACCUUAAUUUACCAGACCCAGGAAUUGAUGAGGUCGACAAUAUUAUGAGUAAAAUACCAAACACAAAGCCAACACCAAUAUUGAAUGAAAAUAAGUCACGCAGAUAUUCCUACCAUGUUAAUGAAGAAACUGAUGAUGAUGAUGAAUAUGAUGAGAAACCUUCACCAGAAUCUAAUAGCAAGAAAACAGGUUUUAAUGCAGUCCUAUAUAUUGUUCUACCCAUCAUUGCUUGUGUUGCAAGCAUGAUGUUGUAUAAUAUGAGAACUAUCGGAGAAUCCGAAAUAGAUGUAUAUGAUGAACAAAGCUUUUAUAAUGAUGUCAAACAUUUAGGAAUAAAGUAUAAGGUACCGGAUAAUGCUAUCCUGAAAGUAAGGACAGGUAAUGAUACAAGGGAAAUUCACCAUCUGGUUAUCAAUCCAACUAAUCUUAUAGUACAAACGGAGAAGGAAUUUAUGAAUUUUUAUCAAAAAGAUGUUGAUGAAAGAGGUGUUAUGCUUAUUAAGGAUGUGGAUGACAUCCCGUCUCAUCUCGCAAUGGCCUUUCAUUAUUAUUGUGAUGAAUUCAACCCUUUAGUCAAGAAGAGCGCUAUAUUCCUAACAUUGAAUUUGGCUAAAUGCACCAAUGGUUCAGGUAAUAUACUCUAA